AUGGCUUCCUCAGCGGAAAAGAAGCCCGCGCCUACAACUAAAGACUCUCCCUCUACCAAGGCCUCUAAGAUGCAUAGAAGGUCUCGGUCAGGUUGCUUCACUUGUCGCUUAAGACGCAAGAAGUGUGAUGAGGGGAAGUCCAAAUGCAAAGCCUGCCGUCACCUGGGGCUUGACUGCGAAUACAAACGACCACACUGGUGGAGCAACAAUGAAACAAGGCGGAAGCAGAAAGAACAUAUCAAGACCAUCAUUAAAAGGACCAAGACUAACGAGAAAACCCUGGGUUCCCAAAGUCAAUAUCCUUCACACGCACAGCCUAGGGACGAUGAUUCACAGGAAGAGUACGAUAAUGUCUUCGAUCAACCCUUCGUCGAGACGCCUGGCAUCUACGAUCCAUACGGCUCUAACAUUUACAUGCCUCAGCCCGAAUCCUAUACCCAUGGCUACCCAUGGGAAGUCGACGUUAAAACAGAACGACACACCUACAUCAAUGACGAACUUACCCGUCGGGACUCGACGAUCUCGACCUUUAGUACUUUUGUCCCCCCUCCCCCACAUUCGAUGCUACCUUCUUGUACCGGAGAUGACUGGGUCCAGCCCGAGUACUACGAAAAUCGACAGGACUCAUUCAGUGGCGAGGAAGGCAUCGACUUCAAUUUCUUUGAUUUCCCCCACGUCACACAGCAAGCCCAGCCACAAUGCUCCAUGGUUCAACUAGAAGAUUGUGAUCGUCCUCUCUUUGAUCAUUUGCUUGAGAAUGUCCUUCCAUUACUGUUGCCGGUCCUUGAGGCCAAUCAGCACGGUUCAGUCCGAGCCGAUGUGAUAUUGCCUGCCCUUGAGAACAACAAGGCCUACCUGCACUCCUGUCUCCUUGCUGCUGCCACACACCUCAAGAGCAUCCAAGCCUUCGGGUCUACCACUGCAGAUGAUGACGCCAUGCGCCACAAACUUGCUUUCGUGACGAUUGUCGUAGAAGCUCUCAAUGGCGACACACACCACAGUGAGAUGCUGGAUGCUUUGCUUGGAAUGAUCUCACUCCAAGGCUGUGUGGGGUCAGCAAGUGAUCUGGAAAAGGAACUCAUUCCCUGGCAUCAACAUUUCCAAGCUGCCGCAGACAUCGUUCAAAAGCUCGACCUCCCUGCUGCCCUGGAGAACAUUGGUCAGACCGGAGGCCACCCUCCGUUUAACAUGACGCUCACUGCCUGGAUCGACAUCCUCGGUUCCACGAUGCUUGGUAAGGCACCGAGAUUUUCACAUACCUACAGAAACAUGUUCUUCACGAUGUCAAACGCAGGACUUGAGAAGUUGAUGGGAUGCAAUGAUCUUGUGAUGUAUCUACUCUCCGAAGUUGCCUGCUUGGACUCUCUCAAGAAGGAGGCGAAGCUCGAUGACAUCGGAAUGUGUAGUCACAUCACCUCGUUGGCGCAGACACUUGAUCAAAUCGAGCCCAACGAGCCUCUGCAGAUUCCCUACUCGAAAUCAGGUGCUCUCCGUCCGAAACAGCUUUCGAAGAACAUCAGUGCUAUCUUCCGCAAGGCAGCCCGUGUCUAUCUAUGCUCACUUGUCCCCGAAUACAACCGCUACCAAUCGGCGACCGUCAACCUGAUCUCACAAAUGGCUGAUCUUCUCCAAUUUAUUCCUUCUGGUCCAAAUGGUUUCGAUCGAUGUCUCGUCUGGCCCAUGCUCAUCUGCGGUGCGAACUCCAUACCCGCAUCUCCCUUCCGACGAGCGCUCUCCGAGCGUUGCGAGUCACUGGGAGAUGAAGCGAACCACGGCAAUUUCGGAAAGAUGGUUCGCCUUCUACAUGAAGUCUGGAGACUGAACGAUGACAUUGUCAUCUCUGCUGGAGUAUGCGAAGCGACCCCUGUUACUGCUGGGAGCCCCGGGGGCUCGAUCUCGACGCCGAUUGCCACUGCCACCGCCACCGCUGUAGCCACCGCUGCAGUCGCAGCACCCUCGACAACUGUUACGAGGAACCAGAACGUCCACUGGCGGGACGUGAUGCAGAAAUACGGAUGGGACUUUCUCCUGAUAUGA